UCCGCUUCCCCCCCACCCCUCCGCCCCCUUCUUCUGCGUCUGCACCUCCAGCUCCGCUGGAGCAUCACCGCCCGCUGAGGACAGGUAUCCAGAAUGAGCGCUGCGUGAGCAGAAAACUGCAGCUCACCUCCAACUGAUGAGGAGAAAUCGGUGCAUCCAAGCUGUUGAGAUUUUUGCCAAAGUUUCGUGCCAAGGGAGGGAAAAAAAACCUUGGGCGCUCGCGAGUCCUUGCGCCACAGAGACGCGUGUUAAGUGGGUGGACGGGGACGUUCACAUGCAAUAAGUGUCAGCCGCGGCCAGGUAGCCAACUACGCAAGAGCGCACCCUCCGGUCCUCCUUGCUGAACUUUACCCGCUGAGCGUUUGACGAGAUGGCCGCUGCUGCCGCCACUACUCUUGGGGAAGUUGGAAGCGUCCUGCAGGGCAUCGACGGCGUCGCUCACGUAGGUUCCCAUUUCUUCCUCGGUCCCCCGGGGGACAGUCCUCCGCUGCUCGGGGAGCACCUCUUACCUGGGGACCGGCUGUGGAGCACCACGACGGAUUUAACGCACCUAAAAGGGAUUCUCAGGAGGAGGCAGUUGUACUGCAGAACUGGAUUUCACCUGGAAAUACUUCCGGAUGGCACGGUGCAGGGCACGAGGAAGGACCACAGCCGUUUUGGCAUUUUGGAAUUCAUAAGCCUCGCUGUUGGGUUGAUAAGCAUUAAAGGGGUGGACAGUGGACUUUACCUGGGGAUGAAUGACAAAGGAGAGUUGUAUGGCUCUAAAAAGCUUACAGCUGAAUGUGUCUUCAGGGAGCAGUUUGAGGAGAACUGGUACAACACAUACUCGUCCAACCUCUACAAACACGGAGACAAAGGGACGCGUUACUUUGUGGCGUUGAAUAAAGAUGGCACGCCGAGGGACGGGACUAAAUCGAGGAGGCACCAGAAAUUCACGCACUUCCUGCCAAGGCCGGUGGACCCCGACCGCGUGCCGGAGCUGUACAGGGAUAUCCUGGGACACAGCUGAGAUGUGGAGGGGCCUGCAGGCUCAGAUCAGGAAUAACUGCUUAGAGCCCUGCCCGGCAGGGAGCAGGAAGAGAAAAAGAGGGACGCAGGCGGGGAUGAGGCCGGUGCAGGCUGGCGGACGGCAGCCCGACCGGCAGGGAUAAAGGUACCGGGGGGCCUCUUGCAGGAAUGCACGGGAGGCCAUCUCUCAGCAGCCACGAAGACAGGCUAGAAUGUCUCGGCAUGAGGGGCUCGUUUGUUCCAGAGGCUGAGCGACCCUGCGAGUGUCCCCGUGGAAUAGGAGACAAAUGGGAAACGGAGCUGCUCGGUCGUGGAGCAUCUCCCCUGUUGUCUGCUGGACAGAGAUGUCAGCUGACAGGGAAGUCUGUGGGAACCUGUAUUAUCUGGAGACUUUACGCAGGUGCUGUGUCAGAGAGCUGCAGUUUGUUCAGAAGGACUUUGAAGGAUUUUUAUCUUUUUAUUUCUUACCUGUGUCAAGACCUGAUUGAAAAGAGCAAAAUGUACAUGUUUAUUUAUUCAUUUUAGAUACACAUAUUUAUGCUAUAUAUUUAUUUAUUUUGGAAUAUAUUUUUACAGUUAGAAUCAUGCAAUACAGGCAAACCACUAGAGUCUAUAUCAACUAUAUAAAGAUUUUAAAGCUGUACAUUUAAGCCCUUUUGUACCAAAACAAAGCAAAUUAUUAAGUGUAAUAGGACCAAACCUUUGAAUGGAUUUCCACAUCUGGUGUACUUUAUCACAAUGUGGCAACUGUGAAUCCCAGUGUAAUUCCCUCUGAUCCAAUAAUUUUGACCAAACUACUGUUACAUGUCUUUAAAAAAUAAUAAUCUGAAGCCAACAAAUUGGAAUAGAAAGAAACAAUAAAUUUCUUUAAACCUCAUUAAAAUGCCUUUUUUUUGUGACCCCCACCGGAUCAUGGA